AAGAGCCAUUUGACAUCGCCAUUCCCACGUGUUCUCUUUCAUCCAGCGACUGAGGCGCCCGCCCUGACCCAGACCCUCCGCCCCCACCCCCAGCGAGUCGACUGGCAACGCAGCCCCCCAGCCUUUUAUGGUGUCGGAUGCGAGAGUCUGUCCUUAAGUAAGAAAUCAGGCCUUACUGGAGACAUUCAAGUGAAGAUUGGACAACUCCUUUUCCAGAACAGAAAGGAAACUCAUGCAUCAAGAAAGGUUUAAAGCAUAUAACCAGAGGUAUCACCUUGGUUGGAUAUUUGCCUCUACAAUAACAAACAUUUGCUUGUAGUAAAAGGUGACUAAUAACGUACCAAAAGAAUAUGGCUGCACAAAUACCAGAAUCUGAUCAGAUAAAACAGUUUAAGGAAUUUCUUGGAACCUACAAUAAACUUACAGAAACCUGCUUUUUGGACUGUGUUAAAGACUUCACAACAAGAGAAGUAAAACCUGAAGAGACUACCUGUUCAGAACAUUGCUUACAGAAGUAUUUAAAAAUGACUCAACGAAUAUCUAUGAGAUUUCAGGAAUAUCACAUUCAGCAGAAUGAAGCCCUGGCUGCCAAAGCAGGACUCCUUGGCCAACCACGAUAGAGAAGUCCUAACAGAUGGACUUUUGAUGAAAGAUUGCCAACAGCUAUUGCACUGGAAAUGAGGAUUCACCUGAUAGAAUCCUCUGAAAGCAGUAGCCACCAUGUUAAACCAUCUGUCAUGACUGGCAAAUGGAAACAACUGGAGAAACAAAAUUGUUAUAUACAGGAAUAAUCAAAAUAGAAGGUCUUAUUGUUCAAUGAAAAUAAUAAGAUGCAACACUUGUUGAGGCCUUAAGAUUCAGCAGCUUGGUCACUUGAUUAGAAAAAUAAACCAUUGUUUCUUCAAUUGUAACUGUUAAUUUUAAAGCAAAAUAUCAUGUAUGAGACAGAAGAAAUUUUAUUACUAUAAGUAUCACCAAGCAGUUGUUUAUACUAUAUAAUUCCAUAGCAUUCUGACUGGACUGUGGAUACGCUGAAGUGUUUUUCAGUCACGAUCAUCCUCCAAGUAUUCCUGUUCAUUCAUGUCUGCCUCAAAUUGCUGGUAAAUACAUAAAAUAGUUACUUGCUAAUCA